AUGCCCUCGGCCCUCAUCAACAAUGCCUCUCCACCCGCGAUGCUCAAGGACAAAUCACGAGAGAUGGACGCAGUAGUGGAAGCCCGCAGGAAGGAGCCGGCGGUCUGCCCGACAGACGACGAUGCCAUUGCACCGAAGAAGAGACACCAUAAACAAAGUUUUGAUUACAUAUGGCGGACGGGCGUUGCAGGAGGAUUGGCGGGGAGUGCGGCCAAAACUCUAGUCGCCCCACUCGACCGAGUCAAAAUCCUCUUCCAAGCCUCGAAUCCCCAAUUCGCAAAGUACACUGGCAGCUGGUUUGGCGUAGUGACCGCCAUGAAAGACAUUUACAAAGACGAAGGCGCACGCGGUCUCUUUCGCGGGCAUUCCGCAACAAUCCUCCGUAUUUUCCCCUACGCAGCCAUAAAAUUCCUAGCCUACGAGCAAAUCCGGUCCGUCAUGAUCCACUCCCCAUCGCAAGAAACGCCUCUACGAAGACUGCUAUCCGGCUCAAUGGCCGGCGUCACAAGCGUCUUCUUCACAUACCCAUUAGAAGUCAUCCGGGUACGGUUGGCCUUCGAAACCAAGCGCGAUUCACGGUCCUCCCUAUCCGAUAUCUGUAAACGCAUAUACAACGAAGCGCCUCCUCCGAGUACGAGACCGAUAACUGCGCUCCCGACUGUGGUCUCAGAUGCCGUGCAAGCAGUUGCGCCUCGUGCGGGCCUAGCGAACUUCUACCGUGGAUUCAGUGCCACAAUUUUAGGCAUGCUGCCAUAUGCAGGAAUGUCCUUCCUCACGCAUGACACCGCCGGCGAUGUCCUCCGGUAUCCUGUAUUUGCAAAAUACACCACUCUCCCCAAACCCGCCAAUUCUCCCGAGAAUAAGCCCCCUCCCUUGCGUUCUUGGGCAGAGCUCUUUGCGGGCGGUAUCGCAGGUCUAGUUUCGCAGACUUCAGCAUAUCCGCUUGAAGUCAUUAGGAGGAGAAUGCAGGUUGGUGGUGCGGUGGGUGAUGGCCAUAGAUUGAAUAUUGGGGAGACAGCGAGACUGAUCGUGAGGGAGCGGGGCGUUAUGGGCUUUUGGAUAGGCUUGAGUAUUGGGUAUGUGAAGGUUGUGCCCAUGGUCGCAGUGAGCUUUUAUGUUUAUGAGAGAGGCAAGACCUGGUUGGGUAUUUAG